AUGUCGAAAGUCCUCCCCCGCCUACCAAUCCACAUAACAUUCUUCUCACGCUCCAGCUGUGCCUUGUGCACCAACGCGCGACAAAACCUCGCUGACGCGUGGAAGCUACGGCCCUUCGAGUUCGCCGAGAUCGACGUAAUGGAGCCAGGACAGCAGAAGUGGAAGGACGUUUACGAAUUCGAUGUACCAGUUAUCCAUGUCUCAAAAACGGGCAAGGGCGGGGUUGUGGAGGAGGUGAAGAAGAAACUGAUGCAUAGGUUUACCCCGGAAGAGAUUGUGAAGGCUUGGGAUGAGGUCAGGGAACAGGGGCCGGUACAUGAAGAGAAAUGA